GUUCCUAUGUGCGUCUUGGCGGCGUGACUUUUGUCUUCUUCGAGUGGAGGCUGGCCUGACCCCAGUCAGAGAUGUCUGCCGCGGAAAGUUUUCUUCUUCGGAUGGAAGAUGUUUUUCAAACAAAGCGCUUAUCUUUCACAUCUGAUUGGUGACCAUGGAGGCGUAGAGGUCGGGAGCGACACAAUGUCCAUGGGGGAGUUCAUAGAGCUCCGUGACCUGAGGCCCGGCGGUGAACAGAUCCAGCUGAAUGGAGCGUGUUCGCCCCGCUCCCCUCCGCGUUUGGAGAGAGCCAAUGCCCUGAGGAUCAGCCCGGGAAAGGUGCCGGAUCUGCUGAGCCGGAUGGGCAUCAUCCGGGUCCUGAGCAGCUGGGAGUUGGACCGGCACCUGGCAGAGGAGACUGGGGAGGGCCAUGACUUCCAACCCUGCAGCCACACUCAGCCCACAUGGUGCGACCUUUGUGGGGACUUCAUCUGGGGCCUCUACAAACAGAGCUUGCGCUGUGCCAAUUGCAAGUUCACAUGCCACUACCGCUGUCGUCCCCUGAUCUGCUUAGACUGCAGCUGGGACCACAGCUCUUCCACCGACCACACGUUGGUUGUGGAGCACACCAUUGAAACGGACACCAAUGUGGAUGAACCGAGUGAUUGUGGCAAACAGGUGUUGACCACUGCUGAUACUCAGAAGAAGGUCAAGGAGUACAACGCUCAGAUCAAUAGCAAUUUGUUCAUGAACAUGAACAAGGACAGUUCCUACACCGGCUUCAUUAAAGUGCAGUUCAAGCUGGCGCGGCCCGUGUCGGUCAUGCACCCAAAGAAAGCAGGAGGCGGCGGUGCGCAGAACCCCGGCUCUAGGAAGGGUGCCAGUGUGAAGCGCCGUACCUCCUUCUACCUGCCCAAGGACGCUUCCAAGCACCUUCACAUUAGCUCCCGCACGUCUGCACGCGAAGUCAUCGAGGCCCUGUUGAAAAAGUUCACCGUAGUCGACAACCCCGGCAAGUUCGCUCUGUUUGAGCGCAGCGAACGACACGAACAAGUUUACAUUCGUAAGCUGUCUGACAAUGAGCGCCCCCUACCUCUGCGACUGUGCGCUGGACCCAAUGAGAAAGUGCUCAGCUUUGUUCUAAAGGAGAAUGAGACAGGAGAAGUCAAUUGGGAUGCCUUCUCCACGCCAGAACUGAAGAACUUCCUGCUCAUUCUCCAGCGCGAGGAAGAGGAGCACAUCAAGCAGAUCGUGCAGCGCUACGAAGUGGCUCGAGCCAAGAUGCAGGAGGCCUUGCGUGGCUCCACCCCGGGCUGAACAGACCCCCGUGUGACGGGUAGACCUUGAGCGUAGCACCUCUUUUGGCUGGACCGUUGCCUUUAAAACGACCAGUUGCUGAUGCACGUGAAGCUCCCGUAAAUGAACGAAAACAAAAAACACCUCUUCGGUGAACGAGAGUGUGAAAGGGGCGCGAGACGAUGAGAGCGUGCGAGAGAGAGAACGCUGAUGCGAAUGUGCAUGUGAGAUGAUGCGAGAAGCAGUGCCUGACACCUGGAGAGUCUGAUGUGCCUGAGAGAAUGAGUUGAGACCAAUGACUACUUGGUAGAUGUGGUUGCCUACUGCCUGAUGAGCCCUACAUGAUUUUUCUUUUUUGGACCUCACUUGUGCCACUGUAAUUGCACAUUAUGUUAUUGCUAUGUUAAAGCUAAAUUAGAAACAUCUGAACUAUUACCGCACACACAAGCCAAAAGUUAAAUGUUAAAUCCUUAAGGAUCAGUAGGUGUUCAUAGGAAGUAGCCACUCUGUCUUGUCAUGUCCUCUACACCUCCCAUGGGUGCAAUGGAAUUUGUUUUAUUCUCUCCCCCCCCCCCCCCCCCCCCCCUGUCAAUUUAUGAGUGAGGUGGUUGCAUGGACAUUGUUUGUGUUGUUCUCAAUGUCAGUGACCAGGACAAGUGUCUGUCACUCUGAUCGUCUGUGAUUGUGAAUGAAUUUUUAUUACUGAAUACAAGUUCAUUUAAGCUGUUCUUAAGUUCAUGGUUUUGACUUUUUUUCCCCCUGUCCUUUAAGCUCUUUUCACUUUGAUUGUAUUUGUUGAAUGCACUCGAGCACUUGUUGGCCAAUACUGUGUUAGAAUCACAAAGAAUAAUGCAACAGUCCUGCAAAUAAAUACGUAUUUAUCGAGUCCA